AUGUGGGCUACCAGCAGCAUGAUCAGUGAAAGCGGCUGCAGCGAGAGUUCUCGCGGGGUGCGUCUCGAAUGCGACCCCAAGCAACGACGACUUACUAUCACGGGUGGAAUGGACGACACGGAUGCCUCAGGCUUGAAUGUUCAGCUGUCGGACCAAGAGAUCGUCACUGAUCUAUUGGCGACUCUCCCCAAGCUCAAAGCCGCGGUAGAGGACCACGAGAACAGGGCACCGAAUUGGCUUCGUAAGUCUAAAAGCGGUGAGGCCGUCGAGAUAUUCGAGUUGCUGCCUACUCGAGAUGGCAAAGGAGACGACAUGGAUCUUGUGCACUCCGUGGUGGCGACGAUCGAGAUCGAGUGUCAUUUAAACGAGGUGCUGAACGUGUUGACAAGCCACAAGACCAACCACGACUUGGAGGCCUCGAUGCGCGCUAUUAUCCCUAAAAAGAAGGUCCGACAAGGUGAAGUGUUGCUACAACCGCAUGCUACGACGCUCGACGGUGCACCUAUUAGACACACUAGACUCACGCAGAAAUCUACAAGAGGAGGCAAGACAGUGAGAUUCGACAACACGAGUAUUCCCGAGGAUGAAGAGGAGGACGAUUCAGAGCGUAAAGUGCUGGUCAGUGUUAGUAUGACGCGUUUUAAAUCCAAGCGAAGGCUCGACGUGCGUGGCCGACUGCGCAACCGCCACCAACGUCUGCAGAAGCUUUGUCUUGCCACUCUGACGCAUCAGUUCGUGGGGAAACAACGCGCUGUUCACGUAAUCAAGACGCUGCCUCGAUCAGUGCACGACCAACUCGCUCCUAUUGAGGAGAAACAUCAGAGCAGAUCAGUGCUGGGCAGUGGCCUACGUGGCCUUGAUCAUAUCUCAGUAGGCUUCGACAUCCAGACGAGGAACGUCCACUGCAUCGGAGCUAGAGGCGCCGCUCAAUCGACCAAGAUCAUUGCGCACGGAUACGCGUCCGUGACGCCUCCAGAGCAGUUCGGUCAACAGCAGCAACGCACCAUGACGUCGUACAGUCCUUCGGAGCUGGCCAACUACCGUUCGUCCCAUGUGAAUGCAGAAGCCAAGCAUGUGAUUGAGUUAUUGACGACUUCGUUGAUGCAAUUCGAGCGCGUGAUUCGCCGACGACGCCUCGGAUUGCAGACGUUUAUCAAGCUCAAGUCUGGGGACCGAGGCAGCGACCGCCAGAGCUUCCAGACCUGCGAAGUGUGCAACAACCGGUUCUCUCUCCUUCGUAGAGAAUUCCACUGCCAGCUCUGUGGCCACGUGUGUUGUGGAGAUUGCUCCAAGCAGUACGAGGUGGAAGCUAACGUCGGAGAGGUGACCAAGAAGAGACUGUGCGUGCGCUGUAUCACGAAUGUGGACUCGUGUAUCUUCGAGGACGAGGACUUUAUGGUGGCUCUUGGUCCAGCGUGCGAGUACGAUCGUCGGGACGAGAACGACACGUACGCGAGUAUCGGCUCCACUGUCGCGUGCUCGGAGUUCGACAGCAACGGCAGCCCCGACGACGUUUCUUCGGAUCUGUACCCCGAGAACGUGUUGGAGCGCUCUAGAGCGUUGCAGACACUCGACCGCCUGGUGAACUCUCAGAUUAAAGCAUCGGGCAAGCUGAGUCUCUUCGAGCGAUCUCGACUCACGCAGUCGCAGCUGAACCAGUCGUCGCAGUUGAGUCAAAGCCAACUCAGUCAGUCGCACCAGUUCAGUCAUCACCAGCUAAGCCAAUCCCAGUCUCAUCAGUCUCAAUUCAAGCAGUCUCGGUUCAAACAGGCCCAAUUCGACGAGUCCAUCGUAGCGCAACUUCGUGCAGACGUCGAGGACCACCUGAAGCGAACUCUACGCGCUACGCUGCGAGACACGAGAAGGAACUUCGCAGGUGCAGACGAGUCGCAGUUCUCCAUCGCUCCACUGGAACGUGACUACCAGCUCGAGUUCGAUGGCAGUCAGACGAUGUCUCCGUCUCACCCGUUGCCUCCUAAGCCACUGCCAGCUCAAGAGCGACGACGACUGCAGUAUGUUAUCAGUUCCGGUGCCUUGAGCCCCACGUACGACCGUGGUGCACUCAAUAUGCUGGGCCAGAUCGCUGCUGCUAACUUGAACUGCCCCAUUGGAUACGUGACGAUGAUUGAUCAGUCCACACAGUACGUUGUUGGUCUGCACCCUCGUGGGGCUAUCGGAAUGUCCAUUCCUCGUGAGGAAUCCAUGUGCUCGUACACCAUCUACCACGAACGUCCACUGGUAGUGAAGAACGCAUUGAACGACAUCCGCUUCAGUCACAUGGGCUUCGUGAUCCAAACGGGGCUUCGAUUCUACGCCGGGUUCCCCAUCCGAGCACCCGACAGUGCCGUAGUGGCCACCAUUUGUGCAGCCGACUAUAAGCCGCACAAGUACAUCUCUGCCAAGCAGUACGCCGAAAUGGAGGCGUUGGCAGAAUUGGCGAGCACGCUCAUUAUCACUCCAGACAUCGAGGUCAAGACCGCCAAGCGAGACGCACACGCGUUCCCACGAUUUUAG